GAGCCGCUCGGUCCCUGCCCCGCCAUGCGUCCGUCUGUCGCCCUUGCCAAGCGGCUUGAGAUCACAGCCAUGGCUGCCUGCGCUCGAGCAGAUCACUGCAGUGCCUUCACAUCUCUCGCCUUUCCGUGCACCACGCACCGAAGCCGCAUCGGCAACGCGGAAGAAGCGUAAGCACAGCACAGUGCACACACACACGCAGGCAGGCAGACACAAGCGUUGCUCUUUCUCUUCUGAUUCAUUCAUCUCGUUGUUGUGUGUCGGUGUGUGCGUAUGUCAGGGCACGAACAGACAGGCGUGGAAGGGCCUCAUGCUAUCACGGCCAGCUGCGGCCGCUGCACACGACCGCGCCCCUGCACCAGCUGCCGCCAAAGCGAGAGGACGACAAGGUCCACAAGAUUACCUUCCAAGAAUGGAAGAGCAAAUACGUCGAUGGCUUCGACCAGAAGCACCUCAUGAGCGAGCGCUGGUGGAAGGACCUCUGGUGGGACGGCAAACAGGUCGUGUCUGACAAGGCGGGCCGCCCCAUGGCGCGGGUCAACAGGGUCCUGGAGAGGCUUAUCGAGCGGAAGGAGGGCUUUCUCAAUGCGGCUGAGGCCAAGUGGGAUGAGUGGAGGGAGGCCCACCGGAAGGCGCGGGAGGCCUCCAAGUACGGCACUCCCGGCAGCCACAGUUGGAACAGUCACCAGUCCGCCAAGGCGGCGGAAGAAGCCUUCUCGUCCGCCGACACCGAUGGCAGGAAGGCCUCUGAGGAUGAAGGCAAGGGCAAGGAGAAGGACAGCAGCUCCUCCCCGCCACCACCCAACUCAUCUAGUGCCAGCGACGCGGCGACCGGCAUGCAGCGGCACGACCGUUUCGACUGGGUCAUCCCCACUCUCCUCCUCUGCGGCAUCGGCAUUUCCGCCGCCGGCCAGCCCGUCGUCGGCCUCGCUCUCAUCGGCUGGUCCAUCGUGCGCCGCGUCAACAACCAGCUGCAGUCGCCAGACGGCCGUGAGCGGCUGCCGUCAUGGGUCAAGCGGGCGGCCAUCUACUGGGAGGAGGAGAAAAGGGGCAUGAGGCGCGUGCAGGACACAUUUCGGACGCGGUCGUUCGGGCCUGGGAUGCAGAGGGGGAGGAGGGGGAUGGGCAUGGGCGAUAUUGGGCGGACGGCUCUGACGCCGAUAUCGUGCUUCAACUUUUGUCUGGACAAGAUGCGGGAGAACCCGACUGUGCAGGAGAGGGUGGGGAGGGACCUGCUAGGAAAGUUUCCGCCGGAACAGUGCGAGUCGGCAGUCGAGGGCGGGCAGACCGUGCUGAGGAUGAAGUUCCUGAGGUCAGUCUGUCACACAAACACACACACACACACACACGCACAGACAGACAGAGAGAGAGAGAGAGGCGGACCGUGUGUAAGUCUUUUUUGUGUGGAUGGUGGAAUGGUGUGCACGUAGCAAGGGCGAGGUCGACGAGGCAUCAGUGCUGGUCAUGAGUGUGGGCGGGCGCGUGGAGGCCAUCCACGUGUGCCCCACCAAGAGCCGCCACUUCAGCAUGCGCGUGUGGGCCUCCCAGUACAGCGACAUCCUCCACGUGGAGUGGUUCAACGACAUGCAGGCCUGGUCGCAGAGGCAGGAAGCUCUACGCAAGCAUUGGGAGGACAGUGGCGGCAGCGGUCCUAGUGGCAACGGCGAUGGCGGGGGCGGUGAGGGGGGCAGGAGAGAUACAUGACUCCUCCAGAUGAGCAGAGAGUGAGAGAGAGAGAUAAGUGUGCUGUGAGGACAGAGGGAGUGGUCAAUGAGACGUGGGCGUGAUCUGUGUCGGAUGUUGGAUUUCCUGUGUAUCUCAAUCAACGUAUGUUUGUG